UAGGUGAAAGUAGGCCAAACUCAAAUCUAAAAUAGGCCCAUUGCCACCAUUGCUUUCAUUCAUUUGGUAAGCGAACAGGAAGUGGUGAACUUGUCUUUAUAAGAAAACAGCCCAAGUUGCAACAUUCUUCUAUUUCAAUACAUGCCGCCAUAUAACCGAAGCACGUUCCCUCUUCUACACAAACGAAACCCCUCUUGACCCGAAAGAACUACACUUCGUUUUAUAUUUAAACUCGAAACCCUUUUAAGUUCUGAGUCGCCGCCGACUUGAUAUGGAAAUGGAAAAGCCGGAUUCUGCUGCGGGUUCCGGUGGUUCCUCUGUCUUAAAUACUGUUUUCAUAGAUACCAGCCUCGACACCCACCUGGCCAUGAUCGUCUCUGACUCUGACACUGUUUCUGAUCUUAAAAAAAAGAUACUGUAUGAACACCCAUUGUGCUUUCCUAAAAUUGGGGAGAUAAAGAUUAAUGCCUUAAAGGUAAAGCGCAGAGGAUAUCUUUAUCACCUUUCAGAUUCCAUGUUUGUAAAAAGUGCUUUUGAUGGAAUGAGCAAAAGUUGGUUUCUUUCUGUUGAUGCCUCAAGUGCAGAAGAGCAUAGAGAAAAUCAUAAUUCCCGCAAACCUGAUGCUGGCAAUGUUGUAGCUUGUUUUGGUAUCACAAAUAAUAAUUCUUCAGCUGAUGUGGUUGAUCUUCUACCUGGUGGUACUUCCAAAAGAUUGUCCAACAUCAAUGAUGCAUCAUUGCCAGAAGAUGGGAACAAAUGUCAUGCGAAACAGAAUUCUGCAUCUCAGCAGUUUGGUUUUAGUAAUUCCACCAAAGAAAAUUCAGAAGAUUUGCAUAUGGAAGUUGAACAUACAGCUGAUAGUAAUUCCAAGGUUUUGUUCCCUGCUAACAAUAAGGAGUCAAGGCCGAAGGUACAGGAGAAAGAUGUUGGAGAUAACAAAAUAUGUGAAGAUCUACCAGCUUCUGUAGCUGCAUCUGUUUUAAAGGAAAAGCACAAAAUUAAAAAGAGAAGCAAAGAUGUCAUCCAUGACCAUGAUGUUAGAAAAAAUGGUGCUUUAGUUGUUGAAUCUGGUAAAGAUGCAUUGAGUUCAGACAAUGUACUCCAGGAAAAUUCAUUUCAGAAUGGAAGAAGUGCAGUUUGGAAUGACAAGAAUUUGGCUGAUGAAUCCUGCAGGAGUUUGUCUUCUGCUAGAAAUAUGAGAUCAGCCACUAGAAAAAGGAUGGUUGAUGACGGAACAAAAGUUUCAGGAGAACAUUCUGAAUGUGAAACUAAUAAACAUAAAGAUGUUUCUGUCAGUGAGCAAGAAUAUAAGUUAACAGAAAAUUCCUCGCUAUCUGGGCCUGCAUCAAAGAAAAAACACAAAGCCGAGAAGAAAGAUGGUAAUGAAAAUUCUUUAAUAAAAAAUGGAGUUUCGAUUUCUGACUUUGUUAAACAAGGCACUGGACCAGAUACUACGACCUCUGAUUUAGGUCAAAAACUGGAAAGCACAAGUGCUAUCUUGGACCAUUUAAAUACUGAAUCUGUAAAAGAAAACCGUUUGUUGGCUGCCAAUGAUAGUGGUGGGAAGAAGAAAAGGAAAAAGAGAAAAUCAAACGUUACUCAAGCAGGUAGUGAAAUCUCUAGUGCAAAAGAUGUUAAUGUGGGCACUUUUCAGGCCAUAGAAGCUAUUAAUCACAAAGAUGUGGGCAGUGAAGUUGAUCCAGAAUUUGUUCUUGAAAAAUUUUCUACGGGUGGAGCAAUUUCUGAACCUUGUCUUAUCUCUUCAAUGGAGAUGCAAGAAGGUAGCAAAGCAUGUAGAGUGCCUCGCUCAGGGGUGGGUGGUGACGAUAUGGAUGAUACUGAUGAUGGCAACAUGGAAAGCAUUCAAAGCAAAAAUGAAGCACCUGAACCAGAUGUUGCAUCAGUAAUAAAGACAAGAGAUUCAAUUGAUCAGAAUGCCAGUCAUGUGGACGGCCAUCCUACAAUUCUGCCCCAAGAGGGAAUUAGUCACCAUAAUGACAAUGGGGUUUCAGGGUAUGAAAAUCAGAGUGGUACAUUGGAAGAUAAAAUCAUGGAACCUAAGAAGUCUGCGAAGAAAAUAAAGAAGUCAAAGAAGACUAAGGAUCCAGUUGGAGGAAAAGAAGCAGUAGAUGUAUUACAUGAUAAGUGUCCUACAAGUGAUAUAUCUCCUGCAGAGCAUCCUGCCUCUGUGGGUUGUGACCAUUUGAGUGACAAUGCAGAGCAAGAUGGCACAACUGAUGUGAGAUCAGAUGACAUAAUUGGAGAUGUACUGGAGUCCUUGCAGCAAUGCAACAAUGGUCCAGCAAAUGCAGAAAAUAUGGUCAAGAAAUCUAGGAAGAAAACUAAGAAGAAAAGUUCUAAUGUGGUGGUCCCCCCAGAAUUGCAAGGAAAAGAUGAUGUUGAUCACUGGGAUCCAACAGUCCCGGCUGAUAACAUGAGUGAGGUGAGUGCAUCAUCUAAAUCCACAAGUAGGAUUGCAAAGGUGAAUUCAAGUUCAGCAGUACAUUUGAAAGGGUCAGAUUUGGGAUCUAAGAAUAAUACUGGGGUUGGAAUUAGCCCUGAUCACACUCAGCUUGACUCAUCCCAAAAUACACUUAAAUCCAAUCAUGAGGGAAGGCCUAUUCAAAAUGUUGUCAAUGUAGAUCACCCUAAAAGCGCCAUAGAAGUUCCCUGUGAAAGUGAAAGGAUCGAAAGCCAACACCAGCAUGCAAUUGUUGAUUCUGGUGAGAUACUCAUUGAUAAGGUGACCAACAAAAGAGGAGUGGAAACUGAGGUGAAAGAGAAAAAGAAGAAGAAGAAGAAGCCUGAUGUACAAUCAUGUGGAUCCAGACUUGAUUUACCAUCUUCCCAGAUGUUAAAUGGGAAUCAAUGUAAGGAAGCAAAAGCCCCAGCUGCCAAAUCUAGCUCUGUCCAAUCUCAAAGAUUAUCAUCGAAGGUUGAACCACAUAGCUCCAAUGUUCAAUCAAGUAAGACACUUUUGACCAUUUCUGCAAGUGCAGCAAAAGAGCCUCUGCAAUCUAAUAAAUCUGACAAAAUCAAUUCCAUUCCCAAAGAAGCUCAAAGGCCAAUUCACAUCAAUUCCUCAAGGGCACAUAUUCUUGUGGAGAAAAACAAUGCUCAUGCUGUAUCAAGCUCUUCCUUAGAAAGAUCUAAAGACACCAUUAAUCUAAAUAAGGGAGGUAACGAGCAUCGAUCUCAUCUGGAAAUUGCAAAAGCUGCUGGAAGUAAUAAUGGGAAAGUUAUGAACAGCUUGGCAAAUAAGAAGAGCUUACUGCCUAUAGCAGGUACAAUAUUUAAGCAUAGUUCUGAUAAGGAUAGUUCUGAUGAUGAAGAUGGAGCAGGCAACUCAGAUGCCAGCACCAGAACUCCAUCGAAUAGUUCAUCGACUGAUGAUUCAGAUGAUAGUGAGAUGAACAUUAGUUCAUCACGAAAUGGAUCUUAUAACUCAGAAGGGGAAGAAGGUGCUGGAAGAAACAGAAAAAAUCCAGGACCUUGUAGCCCAAAGAGCAUGCCCUUGCAUGCAAUCCUUCGCAAUUCGAGCAGUUACAAGAAGGCCAAACUAACAGCUUCUCAAGACCUUGAUAGCCAGCCUGAUGAAUUUGUUCCAGAUAGUCAGGCAGUAUAAUCAAAAUGUUUUUUUUUUCCUUGUUUUUAUUUUUCAUCUGUUAUGGGGGGAUUUUUGUUCUCCUUUAUGAUGAAGUAGGGGUCAUUCUCGUCCUCUCCGAUAUCAUUGUCAGGGACUGUUAUCAGCCUCAUGCCAAUGUUUCGCAGUUUUAUGUUAUAAUUAAACAUUAUUGGUAUGCACAAGUUUUUUGAUGACUGGAUCUGAA